AGUCUCUUUAUUUACGCCUACUACCUCCCAGCCUCUGGCAAUCUGACUAAUAACAAACUGAGCUAACAAGAAAGACUCUCCGAGGGGAGAGAGAGGGGGGAGCGACGGAGAAAGAGAGAGCGUGGAUCGCAGCAGUUUGGAUCCUUAAAGCAUCUAAAGAUACAUACUGCGUUUCUUGCAAAGCCAGGAGUGAUCGCUUGAAGUCCUGCGGAGCGCUGGGUUUAUUUCCUGCAUCCCGAAGCUCGCAAAUGGUUAACUACGUGCAGAAAGUCAGCCUAGCUGGGAAGUCUGCUGUGAAUUUUAAUUGAGCAAAAGGGACAACUGUUUACAGGAUGGUGUAGUGGGUUCUGUUUCUCCCUGGCGUCGUUCUACCCCUCUCCACCUCCUGCAAGAUUUUAUUAUUAUUAUUAUUACACCCCCCCCCCCGCUCUCAGUCAAAAAUGAUCUGUCCUGCUUCGGAUCUAGGAUUGUAACUUCAAGGAACUGCAGCCACGCUUGAGAUCUCUGCAAAGAGAGACCUUAACCUAGGUUGGUGGGGGACUGGAAAGGGCUCGUUUUGGAGAUUACAAGGAAGGGGAUUGUAUACGAAGAGCGACUCUGUGCAUCGCCGGCUGUGUCAGUGGGUGUAGCUGCUGUACAGAAGCUGCUGGAUGACCAUGAAGCUCUGGAUAAUUACGUUAAGUUUGAUGGGGGUUGCUUGUGAUGUACUACAGUCCAAACCAGCUUUACCUUCAACUAUUGGCUCUUGUGAUAUGCUGUGUUCUUGUGAGGAAAAGGAUGGUGUCUUUAAUAUAAACUGCGAAGAAAGAGGCAUCAAGGAGUUAUCGCAAGUACAUGUUCCACCAUCCCGGCCUUUCCACCUUAGUCUCCUCAACAACAGUUUGACCAUGUUACAUGUGAAUGACUUCUCCAGCUUCAUCAACGCUCUCUCACUCCAUCUUGGAUUUAACUACAUUGUAGACAUUGAACCAGGAGCAUUUAAUGGACUAAGUCUCCUUAAGCAACUUCAUAUCAAUCAUAACUCGUUAGAAGUACUUAGGGAAGACACAUUCCAUGGGCUGGAGAACUUGGAAUUCCUUCAAGCCGACAACAAUUUCAUCACAAUAAUUGAAUCAAGUGCCUUCAGCAAGCUCAACAGGCUAAAGGUGCUCAUUUUAAAUGACAAUGCCAUUGAGUUUCUUCCUUCCAACGUAUUUCGCUUUGUGCCAUUAACUCACUUGGAUCUCCGUGGGAACCAGCUGCAGACUCUACCUUAUGUUGGUUUUUUAGAACAUAUUGGUAGAAUUCUAGACCUUCAGUUGGAAGAUAACAAAUGGGUCUGCAAUUGCGACCUGGUGGAGUUGAAAGCUUGGUUAGAAAACAUGCCUCCUCAGUCCAUAAUAGGUGAUGUUGUAUGCCACAGCCCUCCCAUUUUGAAAGGCAGCAUUUUAAGCAGAUUAAAAAAAGAAUCCCUCUGUCCCACUCACCCUACAAAUGAUCUUGAUGCCCCAUCAGGGUCCUUACCCUUGGUGGUUACCACGUCAAUAAGUGAUAGUCACUACUCAACCAAGGUAAUACCUAUUUUUAGGGUUCCUACCAGGGAAACUGCUUUAACACUUCACGUAACAAAGCCAGCUACUCUGCUUCCUGGUGUAUAUUGUCCGAUCCCUUGUCAGUGCACUAGCAAUAUCCUUUCAGGGAUUUUAAUGCAAUGCCAGGAACAAAACAUUGAAAGCCUGUCAGAUUUAGGGCCUCCUCCUCCAAAUCCUAAAAAGCUUAUACUAGCUGGAAAUAUAAUUCAGACAUUACUGAAAUCAGACCUUGUAGACUAUGGCAGCCUAGACUUGCUUCACUUGGGAAGCAACCGUAUUGAAAUACUAGAAGAAGGAUCCUUCCUCAAUCUCACCAGAUUGCAGAAAUUAUAUCUCAAUGGGAAUCAUCUCACCAAGCUGAGUCGUAAUUUAUUUUUAGGCCUGCAGCGCCUUGAGUAUUUGUAUCUUGAAUAUAAUUUCAUCAAGGAGGUCUUACCGGGGACAUUUCAUCCCAUGCCUAAACUAAAGGUCCUUUAUUUAAAUAAUAACCUUCUUCAGACUUUGCCAGCCCACAUUUUUUCUGGAGUUCCUCUAGCCAGGCUAAAUCUGAAAACCAACCAGUUUGCACAUUUGCCUGUAGGGAAUGUCUUAGAUGAUCUGGAUUUACUCGUACAACUUGAGCUAGAAGACAACCCUUGGGAUUGUACUUGUGACUCAGUUGGGCUGCAGCAAUGGAUACAAAAGCUGAACAGAAACACAAUGACGGGCGACAUUUUCUGCACAUCUCCAAGGCAUUUAGCUAAAAAGAAACUGAAAUCUCUGAAUAGUGAUGUGCUAUGUCCCGGAAUAAACAGCCCAUCUUCCGCAACUCAUGCUAGCUUCAUAGAUGUCACCACGUCACCAACCACCGCCAAUACGGCAGACACUAUUCUGCGAUCACUUACCGAUGCCAUUCCUCUUUCGGUUUUAAUCCUGGGGCUUUUGAUAGUCUUUGUAACCAUCAUUUUUUGCGCAGCUGGGAUCGUCGUCCUUGUUCUACACCGGCGGAGAAGGUACAAAAAGAAGCACGCAGACGAACAGAUGCGGGACAACAGCCCAGUGCAGCUUCAGUACAGCAUGUAUGGUCACAAAACGACACACCACACCACUGAGCGCCCGGCCACAAGCUUGUAUGAGCAGCGUAUGCUCAGCCCCAUGGUGCAAGUUUAUCGAAGCCCAUCUUUCAGCCCCAAAUUUACAGACCAUCAACAGGAGAUGAAUGACAAGGAGAUGAAUGAUUCCAAACAUCUCCGCAGAGGCCUCUUGGAGAGGGAGCACUCCUCCCCUCUGACGGGGUCAAAUGUCAAAUAUAAAGCUACAGACCAAUCGGCUGAGUUCCUUUCCUUCCAGGAUGCCAGCUCCUUGUACAGGAACAUUCUUGAGAAAGAAAGAGAACUUCAGCAACUAGGGAUAACUGAGUAUCUACGGAAAAACAUAGCCCAGUUACACCCUGAUAUGGAGGUACACUAUCCAGGAGCUCACGAGGAACUAAAGCUAAUGGAGACACUCAUGUACUCCAGACCAAGGAAAGUUUUACUAGAACAGACUAAAAAUGAAUAUUUUGAACUCAAAGCCAACCUGCAUGCUGAACCUGAUUACCUGGAGGUCUUGGAACAGCAAACAUAAAAGGGACCCUUUUUUGAAGGAUUAAGUCGAAAACUCUUCUAUCUUAACUCGGAACUUGUAAAUAAAAGUGCCUUAUAAUAAUGUGUCGUCAAUCAGAACUUUAAGCACAGUAGUAAUCCGAGUGAAAAGAAACUCUCAGGGAUAACUGUGUGAAGCCAUGGGGAAAUUUGCAGGCUCUGUGUCUCAUCCUCACAUUAAAUGUGAUCUUUGGGCAACUGGAUUCUGGGAGGAAGUUCAGCUGGCCAUAUUCCUCGAGACCUGCAUGGCAAUCCCUCAUUUUGUCCGCUUAGAAAAGAGAGAAAAAAGCUUGAAGCAUUGGUUACUUUUGUACCCUGGACCUAGACACUAAAUUUUCUUUUAAAUGCACCUCUAUACCUGGUUCCAAGAAGCUAGUGUAUAUUGGUUAGGAAUUAGUUCACAUGUAUGAGUAUUGUCUAUGGAUUGCACAUGAGAUUGCCACAUAAUAAAUACAAGAUAAAUUACAUGAUUUUUAAACAGAUAUUUAACUGUACACCCCCAAGGUCUGCCAGUAUUUAAGUACUUUUUAUUUGGAAUGUUAUUUAUAUAUUUUUAGAAAAAAACCCUGUUAGAAUAUUCAGAAGGAGGGGAAAGCUGUGUACAUGUUUUAUCUAGGAAUCCUAAAAGACAUAAACAAAACUCUCUUUUUUGGUUACUUUCCCUAGUAGGCAAUUUUAAUUGUUUUUUGGACAAUCUUCAAUAUAAUGCUGCUAUAGAGUUCUGUGCACCAUUGGUUUGGCACUCAUACCUGAGGAAAUUUGGAAAGCUACUGAGAAUUUAUUGUAAAUAUAUUAGUAAAUCAAUGAGCUGGGUUAUAAUUAUUAUUUAUAUGAUUGGCUCCUGUUAUGGUUGUGGAUACUUCAGAUGAAACAUCAAUUCACUGUGGUGAGUUAAAUGUCACAUGCAAAUAAGUACACCAAUGAGCAAUGAGAUCUUAUUUGUGUAUCUGUAUAAAUACUCCAUAUUUGCUACAAUUACUCAGCAAAAGAGCUUUCAUCAGGUCCGGUUUGAAAGUGAUACCAAGCACUUUUAAAAAAAAAGUACAUGUGCUCGGUUUGCAACUUGUUUUAAAGCAAAUCGCUGGAAUCUAUAUUUACAAUGUUAGCAGUCCAGAAUCUUGGGUAUGUGUCAUGUUAAUGCUGAACAUAUAUAGUUGCCAGUGACUAAGCUGGGUCCCAGCCAUUGAUUUGUCCGCAUGCUUAAGCAUGCUUACAUGAAAGCAAGUUCUGUCAGGCUGUUUCGGCUAUCACACUGCAACUGUCCCGUGUUUUCUGAUGAGUAUGCACUCGACAAGGAGGUACGAUCAAUUCUAGCUCUCGGACGGCUACAUCUGUGUUUUUGCACACCCGUCCGUUGCAUACUCAAGCCACAUUUUCGGUGCACACGCCCAACAACUUAGAUGCAAACCCAAAAAAGGGAAAAUAAUGCGAGCAGCCUGGCAGAUGUUCUGUGGAAAUCAAUGGGAUGUACUUCACAAAGAUGCUCCAGAAGAUGAAGGUGACAUGAAGCACGACAGCUUUAUUUUACUACAAAGCUUAGUUUGGUUUAUAUGAACUAUUUAUUCUGUACAAUUUGUAUCUAUUUCAGUUCACAGUUACUAUUAUUAUUCUUGGGUGCCUUUCAAGAAAAUCAAAGAACUUCUAGCUAUAAAUAAAAAGAUGACAAUAAAUGGUUUUUUUUUAAAUAAAAAAGAUAAUGCACCCCCCCCCCGAAAAGUUCCUUUUUUAAAUAAAAAGACAUUGGCAAGACCUGCACGCACAAGUUCAGAUCUGUUCAGAAAUCAAAUGGGAGGCUUCAGUCCGUCGUCAUGCAUACAGAAGUAUCUUGUUCUGGGUGCAAGAAGGCAGUUUAGUGCCCAUGCAUGACUGACACAGUGCCAAAUUGUUACUCUGACCUGCAUUUCCCCUCCUGUUUAAGCUCGUCUUUUGUGAACCAGCUACACUUUGAUGGAUUCAUUCGCCCCCACUUCUGGCACUGACUAUUUAAGGCUGAAUGGUUACAUACUAUAAAAAAUGCAUUGUUAAAUCAAUUCAGCCGUAAGUAGUUUAAAAGUCGUUAGAAAACAGGAAGUGUUGCCUACAAGAUUCAUACCCAUUUGUAAUCAAGAAAUAAAGCAUCAUAAUUAAGCUUCCAGAGGUUUGCUUAUGUAGCAUCUGACAUAAAUGUUAAUUUCUCUGCAGUGUCUUGACCUUCUAAAGUAACAGCCUCUCUGCGGAGAAGAAAAGGAAAUAUUUGUACCAGAUACUUUAUUCACGCCAAUUGGCACAAUGUUGCAAUGUCUUUCACGAAAUUCAGACUGUAGCCCUGCAGCUUGAUCAUUGAUUUCACAACCAAAACUAUAGGCUCCUACGAAUAAACAGGGAGAUCACACUUUUGUGGUAAUGUGAUAGGCAUGAAAACACCUGCUGCAUUUAUCAUGGGGCUGCCAUGGAAAUAAUCUCUACUCACCCCUGCCUGUGGGUUCUGAAUAGAGAAUUUUAAAUAUUCUUUCAUGAGACACUCACUACAGGAUAUUCAAAUUGAGAAACAUGGAGAUGCAGAUGUGAUGUCACACUACAUGAUGAGUACUUUGAUUAUUAUUUUUCCCCGCUUGGAGAAAGAAGAACUUGUUGGAGAUAAGCUGGUUUUGGUGCUGUUCCCUUAUUUUUAGUAAUUCGCUUUGGCAAAAGAAACUGACUACAGUGGUACCUCGGUUUAUGAACACAAUUGGUUCCGGAAGUCUGUUCAUCAACUGAAGCGUUCAUAAACUGAAGCGAACUUUCCCAUUGAAAGUAAUGGAAAGUGGAUUAAUCCGUUCCAGACAGGUCCGCGGAGUACUCAACCUGAAGCGUACUUAACCUGAAGCAUGGGUGUAAUUGGUUCCGGAAGUCUGUUCAUAAACUGAAGCGAACUUUCCCAUUGAAAGUAAUGGAAGUGAAUUAAUCCGUUCCAGAUGGUUCCGCGGCGUUUGUAAACCGAAAAUUCGUAAACCGAGGUGUUCAUAAACUGAGGUUCCACUGUACUAAUAAAGAUACUACUACUAUUAUUAAUAAGUUGUAGUUAGAGAAGGGGAAUAAAUUUGAUGCAGUUCACAUUUAAAGGUGACCUUACCAAGCCUUCACUUUUUGAAACAAUAUGUGAACCAAAACGCAGCCGCCCUUCAAAACUCACACUUCUCCAAAUUUUGCAAAGCAGUUCUCCUGCCAAGUGAUGUGUACAAGAAUACAUAUAUUAGGGUAAAGUGUGCCUAUAAAUGCAUAUAUUAGAAAUAUGCAAAAAUACAUUGCAUAGAGGAAAUUCCUUUAUAAAUAUAGAUACAAAAUGUAAAAUGUGAAAAUUCACACUAAAAUGCUGAUGAAUUUUCAUGAGAACUUGUGUGGAAAUGUGGAGAACUGAACUUAAGGUUAGAAAAGUAAGAAACUGAGAGAAACCCAAAUCUACCCAUUGCUGGCAGAGGCACCUAUUGUUGAUAAUGCACAUGCAUUCUUUGAGUAAGACCUAUUGAAUUCAAUGCAAAUUUCUACUGAGUUCACAUCUAUUGAAUUGCUUUGCAUUGCUGUAAGCUUGAAUGUAUUGACCUGGAGGUAAGUGACAUUAAAUGCUUGCUUCUGCUAAAACAAAUGUAGGAUUGUUCUAUAAAUAUUAAGGCUGGGGCAAUAAGCUCCCUCCAGUUUCUGAAAAUGUCUGCCCCUAUCACAUCAUUUUAGAGGUGUUCAACUUAGCAGUGUGAUAAGCAAGAAGCUGUGAAGAGAUGAUGUGUCGUUCCCCCCCCCCCCCGGCUAUGUGGAUGUUUUAUUGCAUUUACUGCAUUUAUGCACAUAUGGGCACACUCCCCGUUUUUCAUGUUUUGCAGACCUCACUUGUUUUAUGGACUGCACACAUAUUCCUGAUUAAUACAAUGCUCACUUUGAUUUCUCCCUCCCCCCACAAAAUAUAGUCAUUCCUAUUUCACUGCUGAUGCAUAAGGAGUUCCUUAGGAUAGUGUCUGAGCUGAUUUUUUUACUUAUUAUAUUUUUGCAGUCUUAUAAAGCAGAGUUAAGACUGACUCACACACUGAAUAUCUUCUAAGGGCUUGCAGAGGUAACAGGUGCUGUUCAAGACCAGUCCUACUCAGGGUAGAUCCAUUGAAAGCAAUGACCAUGACUAACUUAAGUUCAUUCAUUUCAGUGGGUGGUAUUCAACCAAGCAAGGUUGGCUUGUCCCAUUUCAUCGCCUGAGGUGAAUUGGGAAGCUGCCCCUUGUCCCAACUGAAGUCUCACUUACUGGGGUCAUGCAGUUGUGGGAGGUGGCUUCUGCAGCGCCGUCUUAAGCGCCCCUGUCGCCAUGGUGCGCUGGAUCUCUCCGG